ACAAAAAUAUCGGUUUCACUUGUUGAUUAAAAUAUAUUAAACCCUUAUUAUUUUUUUUGGGUGUUCGUUACUACAUUAUUGAUUGCUUCUCUUCUCAUCUACCCUUCUUCUUCUUCUUCCUUCAUCGUUCACUCAUUAGCAUCCAAAUUUAUUUCUCUAACGUUUGUAUGUGUGUAUAUGUAAUAAAUAAAUGUGUCUGUCAUAUACAUAACACACUUAAAAAAAAUCUUUACAAGAAACGCACUUACAAUUCUUCCCAAUAAUCCCCACCUUUUCCUAACCCUUUAUUAAGGCUUAAAUUACUUUUUGGGGAAAACCCCAUUUGGGUUUUUGGAUUCUUGAUUGUAAUUGUAAUCAAAUUCUUGAUUAAUUUGGGAAACCCCAUUUGGGUUUUGUGAUUCUUGAUUGUAAAUUUGGUAUUUUUGGAUUGCUGAUUUUUUGUUUGUGUGGUGAUAUGACGUUUAUUGGGAAUGAUGAUGAAGAAGGGGUAGUGGUGGUUGUGCCAGCACCUUUGUUAGGGUUGGUUAGGGAAGAUCCAAAAGGUGAUUAUGUAAAAUUACGUGGAGAUGAUUUGGAGGAGAAUAAUACUAAUAAAGGUUUUGUUAGGGGUUGUAUGGGUGGUUCAUCUUCAGGUGAAGGGAAUAGUAAAUGUUGGUCACUUUGGUGGUGGGCUAAGUUGGUAAUACUUCUUGUUUUUGUGGGAAUAUUGGCUGCUGUUUUUCUUAAAUGGGUUGGUCCCUUUUUCAUGGAUAAGGAGAUUAUUCCCAUACUAAAUUGGGAGACCAGAACAUUCAGUACUCCAGUACUAGCAGUGCUAGUUUAUGCUUCUGUGGCACUUUUUCCCACCCUGCUUAUACCUUCCACUCCCUCCAUGUGGGUAGCUGGGAUGACGUUCGGUUAUGGUUAUGGUUUUCUACUUAUCAUUGGAGCAGUUCCUAUUGGUGUAUCUCUUCCUUAUUUCAUAGGUCAUCUUUUCCAUCACAGAAUCCAAAGCUGGAUAGAAAGAUACCCCAAGAAUGCUUCUGUUAUUAGACUAGCUGGUGAAGGGAAUUGGUUUAAUCAGGUUCGAGCUGUCGCAUUAAUCAGGGUUUCCCCUUUUCCGUACAUGGUGUAUAAUUACUGUGCUAUGGCAACUGGAGUCAAGUAUGGUCCUUAUUUGCUGGGGACACUCAUUGGCAUGGUUCCAGAAAUAUUUGUUACAAUUUACACUGGCAUCCUGAUAAAGACACUUGCAAAUGCUUCGCAAGAGCAACGUUUUUUAUCAGCUCCACAGAUUGUUCUUAAUGUUAUUGGCUUUAGUUUCACUUUUGCUACGACCGUGAUGAUCACUGUAUAUGCAAAAAGGCGGCUCAAGCAACUGCAGACAGACGAGGAGCUAUUGCUACAAUAAGCUUCUGCUUUGUUACAGUGUCUGGACAGGUGAAAAAAGGAAGGGAAAGGGGAUCUUAGAGAUUCUUUGCUGACCGAGAUGGUCAUUUGCAUCCUUCAAGAAUCUUUAUCGCUGCGUAGGAUUUUUUCUGCUCAUCACCUUAUAGCGGAAGUCAAUCGACAAUUAUUUUGUCACUUUGGUUUUAUUAGCUGCACCAAUCGUGGACUAUUGCAAGGAAGUUGAAAGCCAGGAAACUAACAUAACUGACAUACACAGGGAGCAGUCACUCAUUCAAGGCUGUCUCAUAUUGUUUGAUCAUCAUUGUACAUAAUUGAAUAACCCAAUUAUGGGUAAAACAGAAUUAAGGUCAGAGUAUUUGAAGAAUGAGUGCUUGGGAGUGACAGACAUAUGCUUGAUUAAACAUUGCUAUUUCUGUAGAUAAUGAAGAAAAUUUUGGUCUA